AUGAUAGCCAACGCCGACCCGCGGUUACAGGCUCUUCUAGCUUCGUUGUUCACAUGGGGAGUCACGGCAUUAGGAGCAGCACUGGUCUUCGUGCUGCCAGCCAAUAAUAAGACAUUCCUAGGUCGGUAUUAUAGUGCAUAAUUUUAUUUCUUAGAUAUCAGUUUGGGUUUCGCCGCCGGCGUCAUGACGGCAGCUUCAUUCUGGUCGCUUCUGGCUCCGGCUAUCGAGAUUUCUGAAGCUACGAUGGGAGCGUGGGCGUUUGUUCCAGUAGCUUUGGGAUUCGCUCUCGGAGCUCUCUUUGUGCACCUUUCAGACAAACUGAUCCCGUCGUAAGUUUCCUUGUUUUCUUAUACUGAAAUAUUUUGCAAAAGAAAUAAAGGACGAAAAGCCCCCCCCCCCUUCCCCCUAAAUGGUAAAAAUUGGUUUCACCGUGCAGUCUUAAGUAUUCAUUAAAUCUAAAAAAUUGUAAUUAUUGCAUUUUGCGUAAAUUAUAAAAUUCAGAUGCGUCGGCGCCGAACUUUCAAUCAUCAGCGUGAUCACGAACGACUGUGGAGAGAACGAUGGCAUCAUGUUGGAGCAGCCCACGAACACACAAGAUAUUAACCGGUAUAAACAAUUGAGACAACGAAAGGUCCCUUCUAGAGUAACCGCCGAUCCCGAGUCCAAGAUGCUGCCCCAGCACGAGCGAGAGCAGAAGGAGAAGAUCGAGAAAGAGCGCGUCCUAUCGUGGAGGCGGAUUCUGCUUCUGAUCAUGGCCGUCACCGUGCACAACAUUCCUGAAGGCCUGGCUGUUGGUGUUGGCUUUGCAUCUGUAGGCAAGACUCCAGUAGCCACCUUCGAGAAAGCGUUCAACUUAGCCCUCGGCAUCGGCCUUCAGAAUUUCCCUGAGGGCUUGGCCGUCUCCCUACCUUUGGCCGGGUUUGGUGUGGGGAAGUUUAAGUCCUUUUUGUGUGGCCAGUUUUCUGGCAUGGUAGAGCCACUGGCCGCCGUGUUUGGGGCUUAUGCCCUAAUCUUAAUGGAGCCGGCCUUACCAUACGCUCUGAGUUUCGCGGCCGGAGCUAUGAUCUAUGUUGUGUUUGAUGACAUCAUCCCAGAAGCUCAGCGAAACGAGAACGGGAAGAUGGCUUCGUGUGGUGCAAUAAUCGGGUUUCUGGUGAUGAUGUGUAUGGAUGUUGGAUUGGGAUAA